CUUUUGUCAGGCAUUUUGGAUUAAUUCGUUUGUUGAAAUUGUCACUUGCGUCUGUGAAGAAUUUUAAAUCUGCAAUAGCCGCAAAACCUUGGAAAAUGAUUCGCGCAAUGUUAAUGACCAAAUGGAGCAAGUCGGUGGCGGGACCACUGGUCACUACGUGGAAUUACCCCACAUUGAAUCGUCUUAAUGCCCACACUGUGCGUCCACGUGUCGUGUCCCUGAAUCCCGAUCGCAGCUUCUCCGCUGAAGGUGGCAGCGAUGAUAAGCCCAAGAAGGUGCCGCCCGGCUUUGUGGCGCCGGGGUUUCCAACCACCAGCAGCACUUUGGGAGGUAACGCAGGGAACACCACGCGUAAGGAGGUGCCAAUUGGUGAGGUGCAGACGCCACCGAUUUCCAUAGUCACUUCAGGCGGAAAACUGGGCAGAGCCGAGCCACUGGACUCCAGCGCCAUCGUACGCAGCAAGGGCACCUCGAAUGAGGAUAAGAAGAGCGAGGCGCAGAAGAAGGCAUCCGAAGCCAAGGAGGCGGCCGCCAAGCAGUUGCAGGAUGUCAUGGCCAACUUGCCCAGCAAGGAGCAGACCGAGAAGUAUUUUUUCCGCGUGGUGGCCUUCUUUUAUGACCUGACCUACCUGACCUGCACCUGGCUGCUGAACUUUGUCGAGCACAAUAUCGUUCGAAACGCCACGGUGCAGCACUACUGGAAGCGAUUCCACGAGAAAAUGGAACAGGCCAAGAAGGAUUAACUCCCAGCGGAGCAGAAAAUAUAUUAUAAAACUCAUGCGUUAGCAAAUAAUAAAACAAAUCGCUGACGAGUCCAAAA